GAUCCCAGAGACGCAGAGAAAUUUCAACAAAUUUUUGUCAUAUCGAAGGAAAACAAAUAAAAUCAAAAACAAAUCAAACAAGUGUUCAAAAGUCUGUGAGUUACUGGUUUUGGCGAGAACUUUUAGACAUAUGAAUACAAAUUUACAAGUCUAAGAAGAAAACUAAAUAAGGUCUAAAAACAUUUGAAGUAUGUUUUUGGACCGCUUGUAAAAUCUCGACGUUUAUACUGGCGACCAUGUCCAGAUCGACUCGGCUAGUGAUCCUAAUCAAGAAUAUACAUAUGUACAUACGGUAGGAAACGCUUGCUACAUAUUUUUCAACAAAAUAUCUAUCACUCAACAAGUUUUAAGGAUUAAAGGAAAAGGGCAAAAAUACUUUUGUACGUGUAUUAAAAGCAGGACCUCCAAAAGGUGGGGGAGCAAUUAAAUUAAUUCCCCGGCUACACAGCAAAACUAAUCAAUUACCGUGAACAUACUGACAGUGUCAUAUCGUGUAAAUCAACAAUGAAAUUGGAUACAUAUUCAGUAAAUUUGUUAGUUCACAGUGACCCAUCAACUGCAUAAUGUCAAAAGUCUGCCGGGACCUACGUAUCUAUCUCCGUCUUCUUCACGUCAUGGGCAUGGUGUGCUGGCAUUUCGAUUCCGACCACUGUCAACUAAUGGCCACGUCCGGAAGCGAGCGCUAUGCCGUCGUUUAUGCUGGCUGUAUUUUAGUUUCUACAACGGCUAGCUUUAUCUUUGCCCUUCUACAGCCGAAUCGAUUCCACAUAGCCAUUUACAACCAGACGGGAAAUUUUUAUGAGGCCGUCAUAUUUCGCAGCACUUGUUUGGUGCUUUUCUUGGUUUAUGUGAUCUUGUAUGUAAGGCGGCAUCGGUACAGGGAUUUGGUUCAACAUAUAUUGCGUCUUAACAGACGCUGUGUUAGCAGUUGCACAGACCAACAGUUUCUGCACAACAUAAUACUUUACGGCAUGCUCACGAUCCUCUGCUUCGGCAACUAUCUCCACGGCUACACUCGCGCUGGACUGGCCACACUUCCGCUGGCCCUUUGUAUGUUGGUUUAUAUCUACGCCUUUUUGGUUCUAUGCCUUUUGCUGAUGUUCUUUGUUAGUCUUAAGCAAGUCAUGGCCGCGGGCUUGAUUCACCACAACCAACAGCUUUGUCAGGGCGAUCUGACCUCUGGUCUUCGAGGCAGGCAGCAGAUCCUGCAAGUGUGCGGCGGCGAACUAAACGAGUGCUUCGGCUUACUUAUGCUGCCCAUUGUAGCCCUGGUGCUCCUGAUGUCACCUUCGGGGCCAUUCUUCUUAAUCAGUACCGUUUUAGAGGGAAAAUUUCGCCCUGACGAAUGCUUGAUCAUGCUUUUGACCUCCUCCACUUGGGAUACUCCGUGGAUGAUUAUGUUGGUUCUCAUGUUACGCACUAAUGGCAUUUCAGAGGAAGCAAAUAAAACAGCAAAGAUCCUGACAAAAGUACCUCGAACCGGAACUGGGUUGGAUAGAAUGAUUGAAAAAUUCUUACUCAAGAACCUUCGACAGCAGCCCAUUUUAACCGCUUAUGGAUUUUUCGCGUUGGAUAAAAGCACUUUGUUUAAGCUAUUUACUGCAAUCUUCACGUAUAUGGUUAUUUUGGUCCAAUUCAAGGAGAUGGAAAAUUCCACAAAGUCUAUUAAUAAAUUUUGAUCACUUACCGAAUCAUAUGUUAAACAGCCCGUAGCCUUCGACCUAUAGU